AUGACCACAAGUACAAGCUUUCAUUGGACAGCAAGCAAUGGAAACUUCAUGACCAAGACUGUUGAUGAAGCUAAGGUUCUUAUUGAGAAUCUUGCAGCUAGUGAUUGUAACAACUGUCCUGAUUAUGACCGCUCAAGCCGCACCACUACUAGCUCCCCUGAUUCUUUUCAAAUGACUGAACUCAAGAACAUGAUGGCUCAAGUUCUUAAGGGACAGCUCAAGCAUAUCAAUGCAAUAGAAGGGAUGAGUGAUGCUAAUGAAGAUUCAUCAAGAGAAUGCAUGGGAGAUUUCUCUAAUGAAGCCAAUGAAGAAGAUGUGAACUACAUUGGAAACUAUGGGAACAAGGGAUACAAUCCAAGCUAUCGCCCAAACCCCAACAUGUCUUAUAGAAACCCCAAUGUGGAGAAUCCUCAAGACCAAGUGUAUCCUCCAAGGUAUCCACAACAACAAAGACCUCCUUACCAAUCUCAAGGAAGUCAAUUUCAGCCAAGGCAAGGAUAUGAGCAGAGAUCAUCAUAUCCGCCCAAGGAGCCAUAUGCUUCUUCACCAAAUCAAGCUCCUCCAAACCAACAAGGUGGGAGAUUUGAAGGAAUCCUCCAACAGAUCAUGGAUGGCCAGAAGAGAAACACUAAAGAGAUGUAUGAGAAGAUGGACACUUUGUUCAGCAAUCUCAACACCAAGUAUGAUGCUGUUGCCACUCAUGUGAAGAAACUAGAGACUCAAGUCACUCAAACUAUGGAAGCUGUUAAGAGACAGGAAGCUGAAUCCAAGAAGUCCUUUUGCAACUCAGCCGCCAUAGAAGAAAGAUUUGAAGACCAAGUUCCAGAAUGGAUGCUUUCAAAACCUACUGUUGAUUGCAUGAUUUGGCCUGAAGAGAAUUACCCAGAGAGAGAGUCCAAUCGAGCUAGAAAGAGAAGACUCUUCCCAAAGAUUAUCCCCAAGACAGAUAACUCAGGAAAGUUUGUUGUGCCUUGUAUCAUCAAAGGUAACAUUCUUGAGCAAUCUUUGUGUGACACAGGAGCCAAUGUGAACAUCAUGUCUAAGAGGAUAGCUGACAAGAUAGGCCUCACCAAGAUAGAGCCAUCAUCCAUCUCCAUCAACUAUGCUGAUUCAUUCUCACAAACCCCUAUGGCUUUGUGCCUAAUGUGA